AUGGCUUUCAGAAGGCAAGUGAAAAACUUCAUGAAAAAUUACUCAGAGGCGGAAAUAAAAGUCCGAGAAGCAACUUCCAAUGACCCCUGGGGUCCCUCUAGCUCGCUGAUGUUAGCCAUCAGUGACAUGACGUUCAACGCGGUCUCCCUCUCAGAGAUCAUGCACAUGUUGUGGCAACGACUUGGUGAUCAUGGGAAGAACUGGCGCCAUGUGUACAAAUCCCUCGCCCUGAUGGACUACCUCAUCAAGAAUGGCUCCAAGAAAGUUAGUCAUUGUUGCAGAGAGGGCUUGUGUAACCUUCAAAUGCUAAAAGAUUUCCAACACGUAGACGAAGCUGGAAAAGACCAAGGUCGCUAUAUCCGGGAGAGGUCUAAGCAAAUCAUAGCUCUGCUGAUGGAUGAGCAGCUGCUUUUUAAAGAGAGGGAAGUGGCAAGUUGGACAAGACAGCGGAUCUCCUACUCCAUGACAUUUCCCAACAGAUUACCUGCGGCAGGGAACUCACCCGCAGCGUGUGCUUCCGUCCUCAUCCCAGAAAGCCUUACCUCCGAGAAGAAGCAUUCACUCCUGACAAUUCCGAGUCUACGUAAUAAAAAAAACACCUCCAAGGCUAGGCUGAGGCUGGAACAGUGCCAGGAUAUCCCCUCGCCUGCUGGACCCUCCCUGGCCAAGGACUCUCAUCCACUCAGGAUGAAGAAGUGGAAAUCAACAGAGGACCUAACAUUGCUGCAUGAUGAGUGUCCGAAGCACCCUUUGCCCGCCACACCUCCUUCCAUCACCUCUCCCACGUCCUGGCUGUCAGAAGGGGAAGCAGAAGUCUGCACCCUCUGGGAUGCAGAUGCUGUGUCUACUCCCUCAGAAAAAAGACCAUCGAUGCAGACAAAUGUGAGUUUAGGCAAGAGAUUGGAGAAGACCAUCACAAAUACUCCCACAGAAAGUCCCCCCCACACUCCUCAGGAAAAGCAGCCAGCUUCGAAAAGCUCUGAAACCCUGACACCUUUACAGGCAUUUAGGCCAUCAGGUAAAGAUGAGUUCGUCAGCCUGGGUGUGAGGAUAUCCAACUCAGAGUCCAUGUUCCACAAACAGUCCUCUGUGGAAACACUCUACAUCUCACCCUCAUUCAAAAUUGUCAACCCAAAGAAGGAGACCAGAACCAGUAAGGACCUCCAGACACCUGCACAGUCCAGAAUCUGCUGGAUUGAAGAUGUGAGCCUCAAGCCUUUAGCCAUGCGGGGUGAGUGUACCCCCCCCAAACAAGCCAAUAAUACAAUCUCCACCGCCUCUGAGGUCGUAUCUUCUUUUUCUACUUUGUCAGCGUCGUCUCCUGACUUGGCUCGUCCGGAGAAGUCAGCCCAUCACUCUCCCCCGGUUCUCACCAACCCUUCCUUCUGGACCCGGCCCCAUCCACAGUCCUCUUCUGGCCCCUUCGCAUACAAAGAUGAGGCAGCCAGGGUUCACCACCCCUUUGCCCCCAGGGACCCGGCAUCUUCAGAUGACGAGGACUACCCCGAUCUUCCAGAUAACUCCUAUUCAGCUACAGAGAAGCCAGAGCACAUUCCCAGAAGUAACCAGGUAGUGUUUUCCACCCCAACUAGAACCUACUUACCCUCGGUGUCCCAGGCUAUUUUUCAGACAAGCGGAGGCUUGUCCAGGGAAUCCGAGUCAACUUCUAUUCACACUCUUCUAGGCGAGGUGAGGGGUGCUGUGCUUCGCCUUCAUGAGGACCUGAGCCUGGUGAUCCAGGAACUUGGUGUCAUCAACAGCCACCUAGGCAACCUGAGUGUCAGCAGCCAGGCAGCCAGCAGCGCUCUGCAGGACCCCCAGUCUUCCAGGGGGAGCACAGAUCCAUAG